CGGCCGCCCAGUCCGCUUUCCGCUCCACGUCUCCUCCCGUCCCAACUCGUUUGACCCAUUCGUCUGACUGAUCUCCUGUGGAAAGGAUGAGUGGUGCUGAAGAUCAGCAGCUGUCUGAGACGGACGAGUUGUAUCAAGCUCUUCAUCACCGCCUUGUAACCACUGGGGAAUGGCACCGUCUCUCGAUCCUUCUUGAGCAACAAUUGCUGGACUCCAACUGGGCUGUGGAUCUUUCGAAUCACGCUGAAGCCAAGGCGAGAAAGAUGCCGGAGCUGGACUUGGAUGAGCUGGUCAAGAGCGUUCUGGAUGAGGGCCAACAAUCAGUGCCAUCUACGGUCAAGCGGAAGCUCAUGGAGCAGAUCAAAGACUUUCUGGAUCGCAACGUAGAGGAUGCCUGAGGCUGCCCAGACGCAGCUGGCGAGCGCUGCCCCUUCCCUUGCCUUUUCCCAGUCCUCGAGGCUUGUUAUGACUCAGUGGUUGGUCCAUCUGUAAUCUAUAGUAUCUACUGUUAUUUGUCUAUGUCGGCCUCGCUUAUCAGAGGACUCCAUCUCCCCGCCUCGACCAUGGUCACAUU